AAUGAGCGGCGAAGAAGAGAAGGCAGCGGACUUUUACGUUCGUUACUACGUUGGACACAAGGGAAAAUUCGGUCACGAAUUUCUCGAAUUCGAAUUCCGUCCAAACGGAUCGCUUCGCUACGCGAACAACUCCAACUACAAGAAUGACACGAUGAUCCGCAAAGAGGCGACAGUGUCGGAAUCGGUGCUCAGCGAGCUCAAGCGUAUCAUCGAAGACUCGGAAAUCAUGCAGGAGGACGAUGACAAUUGGCCAGAACCAGACAAGAUUGGACGCCAGGAGCUGGAAAUUCUGUACAAAAACGAGCACAUCUCGUUUACGACCGGCAAAAUCGGAGCUCUAGCCGAUGUGAACAACUCGAAAGAUCCGGAUGGUCUCCGCUCGUUCUACUAUCUCGUUCAGGAUCUCAAGUGCCUCGUCUUCUCGCUCAUUGGCCUUCACUUCAAGAUCAAGCCAAUCUAAUUUAAUUCCUUCAGACUCUGUUCUAUUUUAUCCACCAAAUCUCUUUAACUUGUUUAAUUUAUUCGAUUUUCUCUUCUCUUCUUAAGUUCUCAAAUUUCUCAAGAAUAAAUUUUAUUUCUUUCAAAAAGUACAGUUAGAAAAA